AGCUAUUGAUACAGUGUGCAGUAUACACUCAACGCGUUAUUGGCGAUCUCACGCACAUUUUCCGUAGGUGCUUUACAUGUGCACGUACAGCCAUACCACUGAGGCGCUAGGCUCCUAGUCAUCGCUCGCUCUAUUGGAGUCCACUUAUUAGCGAAGUGUGUGUUGAAGACCAUUGGAUGUGCCGAAAAAAUCGGUUAGGGGUAGAAGCAUACUUUCAUUUAUAAAAAGUGGAUAAUUUUUGCUGGAUUUGCGCCUUGACAGUGGAUUUAUAAUGUCGGAUUCUUCGUUUGAGAUGAAGGGAUUCGCUAGGAGGGGAGCGUUACGUCAGAAGAACGUGUAUGAGAUCAAAAAUCACAAAUUCAUCCCGAGGUUUUUCAAGCAGCCGACAUUUUGUAGUCAUUGCAAGGAUUUCAUAUGGGGAUUUGGAAAACAAGGGUUUCAGUGCACAGUGUGCAGUUUUGUAGUCCAUAAGCGCUGUCAUGAAUUUGUCACUUUCAUGUGCCCAGGAAUUGACCAUGGGGCUGAUACUGAUGUAAGUACAAGACACUUUCACUUUCACUUCUAAGAUGUUCAACAACUUUUUUUCUAUAAGUACAACUUUAUUAGG